AUGUAUAAUAAUUCAACAAGAACUAAUUUAAAAGAAGAAGAACAAUUAUUAGAAGAAACAGCAUUAAAUUGGUUUAAAAGAUUAAAUUUUGAUGGAUUACUUUUUCAAACAGGACAUAAAUUGUUUGAUGAUUUAAAAAUGAUUUCGAGCGGAGAAAUUGUUGAAAUUGUUGGCUGUGAUGCUUCGGGAAAAAUGCAAUUAGGAAUGACUUUAAUUGCUGAAUUAUUAUUGUCAGAAGCAAAAAGGGAUAGACAAGUGAUUGUUAUUGAUUUUAAUGGAUCUUUUCGUAUUGGAAGAUUGGAACGAAUUUUGAUGCAUAAAAUGUGA